AUGGAUACAUCUGCAGCUUCUAUCAUUCACAAUGGCGGACGGUCAAGGUCGAACUCGUCAUCAUCUCCAGCAGCGGCCGUCAAGAAACAAUUUGCUGCCGCCACUGCCGCAAAACACUUGGAUUCUCGAAAUGCUCAACCGAGAACGAGGCCCAAGAGUCCAGAAAGAUCGAUGCCGCCCACCAGUCGUUUUCGCUACGAUAGAAGUCGCUCAAGAAGCCGACCAGAGAAUACUCUGAGCCCAAACCUGAAUAUCAACCGCUGGUCGCAUUCGACGUCUUCCAGUAUAUCUGGAAUGGAGUCAGAUAACAUCCGCGCUCGCGCGAACCCAUCAUCGCGGCGGAUGAGUAUAGGCCCGUCGCUGGUGUCCUCUUCCACAGCAGCAAAAACAUCUAUGCAUAUUCGGAGAUCUUCAAGCCAGAGUCCUCAGGUGAGACAGGGCUCCGGGUCAGCUUUUCUUCAAGUGGAAAGGACUCAUGCUCUGCGGGACCUCAGCCCCGUUGGCGUCUCCGCGCACCUCACCCCGACAUCAAUGUUUAACCCAAGCGCUGGGGAAUACUUCGGCGAGGCAUGGCAAAGCCAUAAAACUGGUAAGAAUGGGGAAGCAGUAGCCGUGUCUGUACAUUAUAUGAGAACGGGUACACAGCCUAAGACCAGACCGUCCGAGAAUAUGACAACUCAAUACAUGACACAAGUUUCUCGACCGAUUACGCGCGAAACCCGCCCUGCAACGGCCAGUCGAGAUGAAUCCAUGGACAGUUCGCCUCCAUCAAAUGCACCCGCACGUGUCAAGAGUCAUCGAAGUCCCACCCAGAAGACCAUGCUCUCCAAGGCUCUGGCAGUAGCGAACAAUGCUGUGUUACUUGACAACGCCCAAAACAUCGAAGGAGCCAUCGAAGCAUAUGCCGAAGCUUGUGACUUGCUGCAGCAAGUUCUGAUCCGGAGCUCCGUCCUCGAUGACCGGAAGAGGCUGUCUGACAUUCGAAACGCGUAUUCAAAGCGUAUAGCCGACCUUCACGACCUCGAUGAUUCCUUCUCCGAAUUGAUGGAGAAAGCUUUGCCUGAAGAUCCCCCCCUUGAUGAAACCAACAACUCUUUCUUCAGCAGUGAUGGCAUCGAGCCAGAUACUACCGAGGUUUUGGAGUCUGUUCAGAUACCGCCUCGACAAGAGUCUUUACUGCCAGAGAUAUUUGGUGGGGAGUCUUAUCUGAAUGAGUCGUCAACCCGCAAGAGGAUACAGAUCCCUAGUCUUGCGGUGCCUAUGGAUGCGCAGUAUAUGCCGCCACCUCUUUCGCCCAGAAGACCUGCAUCUCCCAUCUCGGAAAGGGACGCGAACACACCUCUCGCGAACAGAAGACCGAGCGAUGUUCCAAAAGCUGCUCUACAUACUCGAGAAGGUAGCACGGAGUCUACUUCGUGGCUGGACACUCUCGAAGAUGGUGACUCAUUGACCUCACGGUCUUCUCGAUUAUCGUCUUUGGAUUUUGGGAUCCAGCAUAACCACAAUCUUGUCGACGACUUCGAAGCAGAGUUUGAUGCUGCCCUCGACGCUGCUGUGGAUGCUGCCUACGAGGACAAUCUGACAGAGGAGCCCACGCCGAGGCCAGAUAAGAACGCACAGGACUUCAAUGAGGAGUUCCGUACACCCAUACCUGCCUUCGGAGCAGUCUCCAAAGACAAUUCCCUCCUGUCGUCCGAUAUCGAACUGACUAGAGAAUAUGACGAGGGAGACUCAUCGGAGGAAGAAGAACGACUACUAGAAGAGAUGACGAAGGGAUUUGUCUUCGAUGAUUUUUCGUUCGACCGAAAAUCGAAAUCGGCACUUCCUCGACAGUCAGACUCGAGUACGUUCUCAGGAAGGACUUGGACAAGUUCUCUUCCAUCGACAACAGCAACAAAUAACACUACCCUGAGCACCCUAGCAGAAUCACAAGAGGCGGUUUCCGAAAUGUCUCCUCGACCAGCGCCCCCAGCAAAGGAUGCACCUUUGUCGUCUCCUCCUAAGCCGGUUCUUCCCCAGGCACCGCCCCUUGCGCUGUCGGUUCAACCAUCAAGCAGACCGAUUAGUGUAGAGAAACACAGCGGACUGAAUAUUCGGGAAAGGAGGUUCUCAGGUCGCAGUGGGGAGCAGCUGAAGAUAGAAACCUUUGCACGGCGAAACUCUUCAACCAUCCCCACCAAACCGAUUGCGGCACCUUCGUCGGUGCCAGAACUGGACGUUCCUGGGGAGCCCCAGAAGGUGUCCCAAACAGUACCGUCAGAGUCCACAAUACCCUCUCUGGCGCCCAUUACUCCCAUGACAGCGUUGCCCUCCAAUGAUUCUAUCCCAAGUGACUCCCCGGCAACCCCUGCCUUGACACAGGGGGGUUCCCAGGGUAGCAUUGAAGAUUCAGUGGUUAUGCCGCCAUCGCCUGUAAAGAUUGGGAAGAUGGGGCCUCCUGCUGCCGUCAAGAAAAACCUGUCAUCGUCAAGCUUGAGGCUGAGAAAUCUGUCCGUAGCAACGACGGACACAACUACAGAAUCUCCUAUUACGCCGGUCAGCGCGGGAUUUGGCGGAGAAAGUAGAAAGGGUGUACCGCCUUUACCGUCAGCUGCAUUGCCAACACCAUUAACAGCCGCAUUUGGUCCGCAACUGCUCCAGGCAGGUGGAAUGUACUUGUUCGACGAUAUCACCGCGACCGCCCCUCCAAGGACACCGCGAAGUCCUGAAGCCCCAAGUGUCUCUCCCCCCCAACUUCUGGAACCCUGCCCAGAGUCUUUCCUGCUUCGCCCCUUCUGGCUGAUGCGAUGUUUGUACCAAUCACUUUCUCAUCCAAAGGGCGGAUAUCUGACCACGAAGCUUUUCAUCCCUCGCGACGUAUGGAAAGUGAGGAAUGUCAAGCUCAAGGCUCUUGAUGAUAAAGUGUCCCAAUGUGAUCUGUUAACAGCUGCAUUACUCAAACUUGCCAAAGUCGAUACGUUUGACGCCGAUUCAGUCCUGGACGAAUUGCAGUCGUUCGAAGUGGUUUUGGACCAGGUGCGAAACAAUUUGCAGAAGAAGAUGGGCAAUGACGUUGGCUUUUCCGGAUCGUCGGCGCUUUUCAAGUCUGCUGGCGAAGACCAAGAGAUCGGUAAAUCAACCAGCACUGCUGCCAAAUCCAUUGCGUCCAGCUGGCGCAAACUUCGGUCCAAAUCAAGUGCUCCAGCUAUGGGGCAUCAGAGCGGGCAGAAGGACGGUCCCAUGGCUGGCCCUAGUAUGGCGUCGCUCCCUAUGACUUCAUCGUCGGCUGUCGCUUCUUCACGGUCGCAUCUGCAUCGCAAGAUCGCACCACCGCCGACACCAACACAGUUGGCGAAUAUUCAACCCGUCCAUGCGGCCUACAUGUCAAGCUUGGCGCGCCUCUUUGAGGCGGCGCAAGUGCUCGAUGACAUUGCCCGGCAAGUGGAAGACCCGGGUCUAAAAUGCUCCAACAAAACCCAAGUCGGGUUGGAGUUGGGUGUUAAAAAUGCUGCCGAGUUCUUUGCAUUCUUCGUCAUUCGGUUUGUCAUGGCCGAUUUGAUGCUGAUGGUGGACAAGUUCCUCAAGAGAGGAAGUGAAUGGGUGCUAUCUUGA